UCCGCGUCGAAUGAAUAUCGCCCUCCCUUGGGCCACAACGAGAACUUUAUGGAAGCAGUUUACGAGGAUUUUCAGUGCCCGAUAUGUCAUCUGCCACUAAAGGAACCUGUUCAAACGAGAUGCGGCCACAGAUACUGCAAAGGAUGUCUUGACGAGGAUAUUAGAAGGAAGCGAAGUCAAGGACGGUCCUUAACUUGUCCAUCGGACAGGCAGAAUCUAGACCCAGACAAGGACAUUUUCCCUGAUAAAGCAACAGAAAGAAAGAUUCUCUCUCUUGCAAUCAGAUGUCCAAAUGAUAGCUGUGGAUGGACUGGCGAACUGAGGAACAAGGAGGUCCACCUCAGGUCUUGUCCUGUUCAUCAAGUGCUGUGUUCCAACAAAAACUGUGGCGUAAUCGUCAUAAGAAGACUUCUUAAACAACAUGAAACUCUUAGGUGUGUCUGGAGAAUCCUUCAAUGCACACAUUGUUCUGAAUCCCACCCAGCGUGCAAAAUGCCAGAACACUUUAAACAGUGCAAUAAGUUUCCAGUGACUUGUCCAAACAACUGUGGUCGUUCAGUUUCAAGGGAUAUGGUUUCGACUCACACUGAAGAUGAAUGUCCGCGGACAAUCCUUUCCUGUCCCUUUGCACGGGUUGGUUGUAAACAAAAGGUGCAGCGUCAGGAAAUGGAGUCUCAUCUUGAAUCAACAACAAGAGUCCAUCUUGAUUUCACUUAUUCUUGUAAUAAUAACACGGAAGAUGAGUUAAAGGACACAAUAGCUAAGUUAAGUGAGACAAAAGCUGAGCUAAGUGAGACAAAAGCUGAAUUAAGAAAGACAAAAGCUGAGUUAAUUGAGACUAAAGCUGAGUUAAGUAAGACAAAAGCUGAGUUAAUUGAGACAAAAGUUAAAACAAAACUUGAGUUAAGUGAGACAAAAGCUGAGUUGAAAGAGGCCGUGAAACAACUAAAGUUGUUAAGUGUAAAACAUACAAAUUCUUUUCUUUGGCGGAUCGACGGUUUCAGUGAGAUUUUCAAACUGGCACAGACCGAUAAAGACAAAAAUGAUAUAUACAGUGAUCCAUUCUACACAAAAACUGAAACAGAAAGUUAUGGCUACAAGUUGAAAGUAAAUGUUUGUCCUAACGGCCAUGGCGUUGGCGAAAAAACUCACCUUUCGGUUUACAUUUUUAUAAUGAAAGGUGAAUAUGACGCAAUAUUACCCUGGCCUUUCACUAAAAAAGUGAAGUUCACAUUGAUUGAUCAACAGGAGGAUCCAGACCAACGGCAAAACAAAACCCACGAGAUCGUUGGGCAAUAUUCUAAACACUGGGCAAGGCCCAUGACAGACGGAAACGUUGGAACGGGUGGUCCAAAAUUUAUAUCUCAUGAGGAACUUAAUUCGGGACGCUUCUUUGUGGAUGAUGUCUUGUUUCUUCAGGUUGACAUUGAGUGACCAUCAAUUUGAUUUCAUCAGUGCUCCAAGCCAACCCCGAAAGUAAAAGUAAAAAAAAAGAUAGAUUGAGCCUCUCGAUAUGAAUUUGAUUUAGGCAUAUUGCACGACAAAUAAACUCUGACAAAUCUUUAUCUUCUGUAAUAAACAUCUGAAUUCAUUCAGUUUAUCGAUACUGCGGCCAGGUUGGUGAACUCACUGAGCUCAAAAAGACGCAAUCAAGAAGAAAAAACUUUAGGUUUUGAUCGGAUGCGAUGAUAAUUAAGAUGGUUCGUGCCUGUAUACUCUGUGUAGAAAUUAAAAGAAAGCACUCAACUCAGUGAAAGAGGGGAGGGUUUAUUAGAAUGUAGGUAUACUUUUUGAGAUUAUAAGGGGGAGAGGGGACAUUUUCGACCUUUUUCUCUUGCGAGGUAAUGUGACAUUUAUUGGCAAUUUACAUUUAUUCUUGACCUUUGGCCACUUAUGUAAAAUGAGAAUAACUGUUGACAGAAGGUCUAAGGAAGUAAAAGCGAAAACUUAACUUUCGAUCUUACCGUAUUCUCUAUCAGCAAAGUGAGCGUGCGAUUUCUCGUGAUUACAAGUCUGUUAAGUAAUAAGUCGUUAAAACUUGUACUACGGAAACUAAAGCUGUAUGAGGGUGACAUAUAUGAAAGGUUUUCUGAUUGUUUUAUACUGUAUGUUGCUUGAUUGAAACUUGGAAAUAAACGCACUUAACUUUUGGAA